CAAGUCCAUUGUGCUGUGCCAUUGUGCGACUGACUUCAAGAAGGAUAAACUAGAACAACAAUGGCUGUUUGUGUGGCUGUAAUCGGAAAAGAUAAUGCACCAUUGUAUAUUGGAGGCGUCGCUAACGAUACUAACACUGACAACGAGUUGUCGAGGCAGUGGCUAGUUCAUACAGCGUUAGAUGCCUUAGAAGAGAGGCUGGCUGCUACGAAUACUAACAAUACAAACAAUGCUAACGCAGCCAGAGCUGAUCUACGAGAACUUUAUCUUGGAUUACUCUACUCAACCGAUACUCAUAAAAUUUAUGGCUAUGUAACAAAUACUAGAAUUAAAUUAGUCCUAGUAACUAGUUCCAUAUCAUUAACGGGAAGUAAUAUCAGAGAUGCAGAGGUACGGACUGCACUGCGCAGGCUGCAUGCACUCUAUGCUGAUGCUAUAUGCAAUCCAUUUCAUUUACCGGGAGACCAAAUUACUUCACCAAAAUUUGAUAAACAGGUGAAAAACCUAAUAUUGAACAAUAUAUAAAAAGUCUGUUGUCUAAGAUUAGAUUUCCAAGUUGUUUGUUUUAUUAGUACUUUUGUAAGUUAGCUAUUUCUGUUAAUCAUUGUAUAUGUAUUUGAUAUUUAUACAG